CAGUUGAAUGGUUGUCCAAGUACUAAGUUAUUCUAGCAACGAGUGUGGACAGUGUGACGAGUGAUAAUGAGUGCCAGACACGAAAUUAGUAUGAGCGGGACGUCAAGAAGUGACAUUCAUAUGACAGAAAACGAAGACAACCUGAGGAUUCCUUCGGCCAAUCAGCGAGGUGUAUCCAAGGCGUGCGAGUAGAGCCUUGGCCAAUGAGAGAUCGCCUUACAUCCAAGGAAACAAGAAACUUCUGUUAUGUAUUGUGACGACUAAACUGGAUGUUCAUGCACAAUGGACAAUUUACAUCUCCUCAUCCUCAGUCUGAGGGAUGAGGUUGUGGAAAACUGGAAUAUGGUGUGGGACUGUGUUGCAGAAAAGCUUCCAAGGAAACACAAUUCAGUGGGUAUUGUCACAGGUGAUUUAGGUCAAGAUUCUGAUGGCAGGGUUUGGGUUGAAGUUGGCCGGCCAGGUUUACGAUUACGGGUGAUGCACUUGCACCCUGCCAAUCCAGCUAUUGCAGAAGCUGUGAAUGCUCGCCUGUCAGGUGCUAAUGAAGAGAGGCCGGAGGAAAAUAUCAUAAGCCUUCCUUCUGAGGAUGAGGUAUCCUUGGCUUCUCUUGAAGAUUACUGGUUCAACCACUGGCAAGGACCAUAUAUUUCUGCAGAUACUAAUCAGAAUAAUGUCAGUUUGAGAUUAUCAAGAAGAAGCUUAAGAAAGUCAAAAAGAAAAUUUCGUUGCUCCAUAUGUCAAAAGAAGAUAAUUGGUGCUGAAGGUCUUCAUGAAGAGCACCAAGAGUCCUCAUGUUUUGAUGGAGAAAAUGUUUUAGCUCAUGUACCUUCUGUAAAACUUGAAACAAGAAGUCCUAACCUUAAACCUGAAGAAACUUCAGCUGUGAGUUCAGAUGAUGAGUGCAUGAAACCAGCUAUAAGUGAAGAGGCCCUAUCAAGGUACAGUGCAAGCGAUGAGCAGUUAGCACGUGCAUACAGAGUAUUGGAUAAUGAGUUGAGAACCAGUUUCAAUUUGUUUUCUGAAGAAGUAGUAACUCAGGAUAUUGUGGAUGGUGUGAGCAUGAAUGUGAAUGAUGGCAAUAGUUCUCCAGAUGCUGCUUUGCGUUUAGCCCCUCCUCCUCACAGUCCCAGACAAUCUAGAUCGUGCCCUUGCAGCCCAAAGUUAGCUGGUCGAAAUCAUAGCCCUAAGUCUAAUACCAACAGCCCCAAACCUCGAUCAAGAUCAGAAAGAUCAAGGUUUUCUCUUAGCAGUUCUCUCAUGGCCAUCCAUAGACAGGCUUCUAAUACUCUUCGGCCUGAUUUUCUCAGAUUUGAUUCCAGCAGAGGAGAGACAGGAGGAACUAGCUCAAAAAGUGGCUCACAACAUAAUAGUCUGAAGAAUGAGCCCAAACAGUCUCGUUCUAGUAUAGAAGCUCUACAAAAUAACCUUGGAGAAAGUUUUUUGAAUUUUAAUCAGACUGGGUCAUUACGUGGGGAAAGUGGAGCUGCGGAAUCAACACGGCACCCAUUACAAGAAAGCCAUUCCCUCCCAGCACUUAAGCUAUCCAGAAUGUCACUAACAUAUAAGGGAGGUGUCAUUGUAAACCAGGACAAAGAGUGUGCACAGAGUACUAGUUCUGAUAAAACGAAACUGUUGUCAGAGGGAGCUUGUGCUUUACCUUCAAUGCCAGAAAAUGACUACUUGUUAGAUGUGCCAUCCAAUCCUCCAGUGCUCUUACCUGACGUUGUACCAAGGUCUGAAGCAUCUUGUCUAAACCAGACACCAGAAUGCGAACCCUCUACAUCUGGAACAUCCCUCACCUGCAAGGAACAAAAACCAAGAUAUUACUUGGAAAGCAGAGAAGGUGUUUUGAAUCUUGGAUUUGAUGGUCACGAAGAAAGUUCAGACUUUACUGAUUUGAAUGAAGCUAUUCACACCAAAGUGUCUGAGAUGGAAAGUGGUUCUCUUAACAGUAGACGAGGUUCAUUGGAUAGUGACAUUGAUAUUGGUAAGAAUAACCUUCAGCUUAAUAUGUCAAGUGUACAUGCUAUAUCAGUUGGUCAUUUGUCCCAAGGUCAGGAAGUGUCUCUGUCAUUAGAAGUUCCUCAGGCAUGUUCCCAGGAUUUGGAUCAGUCAGGGAAUGAAAUAUGUCAGAGUCCUGUAGAAACAAAUGAUACACCAUCUCCAAGUGGUCCACCCACACCAGCAACUGCUAGUCCAUCUUUGUCUCUUCGUACAAGAGCCGUAGACCAUGGUGCGCCCAACUUACAGUUUCCAGGUAUUGAAGAUCCAGAUGAUGAAGAAGUGCCAUAUGAUCAUAUGCAAGAAGCCCGCCAACUUGUGUUCUGGUGGCAAAAGGCAAAACCAAAUGAAGAUUCUGAAUUCUGCCAGAACAACACAGAAUGUAGAGUGAAG